CAUGGCCUCUACCCUAGUCGAAACUGUGUCUUUGGAUUAUGCAGACUUUCAAGAGAAUUUCCUUAUAUGUCCUACAUGCGUUUUUGAUUAUGAUGGAGAUGUUAGGGCCCCAAAAUUACUUAGGUGCUCGCACACAGUAUGUAAGGAAUGCUUACAAAGAAUAGCGGAUGAUGCCAGAUCAUCUGGUCUUGAUUCCUUCAGGUGCCCGAUUUGUCGUCAAAAUAUUCAGAUUCCUGCUGAUGGAAUUUCCAGCUUACAGCCUAGUUUCGUUAUCAACCAGUUGGUAGACUUAAUGUCCAGGCAACGAAGAGAAGUUGUUCCAAAAUGCUGCAAACAUCCAAGAAUCGAGCUACUUUUCUGUGAAACUUGUGACACAGUGUUUUGCUCGGAUUGCGAAGUUUAUUCAACACAUAGUGGUCCCCACACUGUUAUUCCUUUUAGUACGGCAAUCAAAAGAAUGAGCGAUAUAUUACUUUUCAAGGCAAAUCAGUGCACACAGGUUUUAGAUUAUGCGAAAAGAACUGUGCAGAAUGAAAUAGACGCAAUAAAUUCUAAUCAAGAAAUUUGCGAGAAUAAAAUUGAGGAGUUACGAACUAACCUUGUAGAAUAUGUAGAUGGAAGGAUUCAUGAAAUGCUUAAGCUAUUGACUAAAACAGCAAAUGAAAAGAAAAACUCUUUGAAUGAGCAAAUGAAUAUUGUAGAAAAAGAAAGAUCUAAAAUAGAACGUGAAUGUAGUGAUGCUGUUAGUAGGCAACUUGAUGUACGGAACAUAACCCAAAAAAUUAGUGAUAUUACUCAGAGAUUGGAAGUAGCAAAUAAUAUUGCCGAGCCGAGGGAAAACUCUUUCAUGCAAUUUUUAUGGAGCAAUAAUGAACUUGGAAAUGUAAAAAAAUUAUUAAACAAUAUUGGAAAAUUACGCUUAAGUUCAACUUUACCGGCGUUAAGCCGUGUAUCAGUUCAGCGUGAAGUGACAGUGCAUCUUUCAUAUAUUGCUAAAUUAACUACCAUAGAUAAACAAGGUAUAAUUUGUAGCUGCGGAGGGGAUCCAGUACAGACAACAUUGACUACUCCUAACGGUAUCGUAGAGGAAUUAGACGUAGUUGACAAUAAUGAUGGCACAUAUGAUAUAAGAUUUAGUGCUAGUCAAAUAGGCAAGCACGUUUUUAGUGUAACAAUAUUUGGUAGACGCGUGAAAAAUUCUCCGUUUGAUAUUUACGUUACAGAACACCAAUCUGCUUCUAAAAGAUUAUCUUAUAUUGGAACUGAUGUUCAACUAAAACGACCUUUGGCUGCUAUUAUCGAUAAUAAUAGCAAUAAAAUAUACAUCUCUGAUACAGGAAAUGGUCGAAUAGUUAUAUUAGAAGCUGAUCAUCUCACCUUAAAAUCCGUAAUUCAUUGUUCUGCUACCUCAGACCACUCAGCAACUGGUUUAAGUUUGACUGAUCGCAAUAGCAUAUUGGUAGCCAAUUGGAGACAAGGAGCUAUUUUUGAACUGGAUGAAACAGGACAAGCUUUAAACACUAUUCGACACAAGGAAAUUAAGGAACCAACUUGUGUGGCUUUUGCUUCAAACGAAUGCAUUGCGGUUUUGGAUAGCCUUCAAAAGAAAAUUUUAAUACUGAAUAUCAAUGGAGACUUUGUCUGUUUUUUUUCUGGUUCUUAUCCCAAUGUCAAAGCACUAUAUGGCCAUAACGGAAAUAUUAUUGUAGCGGGUUCAGAUUUACGGACUUAUUCACCCUCUGGUGAAUGUAUACGAAACACUGCGUGUCAGAAAGAUGCUAGAGGUUUGUUUAGUGGAGUAUGUGUUGAUAAGGACGGUUACAUUUUAGCAACUCAUUCACAUAAGCAAAAGAGUGUUGUCAAAGUUUUUGAGCCUGAAUCCUCAUCACCCAAAUUUGAUAUUGAUUCAUUUGAUGAUAAACUGUACAGGCCGUCGGGCGUUGUUGCACUUCCUGGCGCCAGGCUACUCGUUGUAGAUUUGGGCAAUGAUUGUCUUAAAGUAUUCCGCUAUAAGUGA